UUUUAGAAUCAAAUCUCUCACGAAACUCAAGUCUUUCUUUUCGUUAUAUCUUUCACUAACAAAGGUAACCUCACAAUCCCGGUAAAGAUUGUAUGUAUAAGUUGAGGUGGUGGCGGUGAUGGGGAAGGGGAGACCUAGGGCAGUUGAAACAGGACAAAAUUUGAGCGUCUCAUCCGCUGGGUCAUUCAAUAUGCAGUCAGGGCCGGUUUAUUACCCCAGUGAAGAGGAAUUCAGGGACCCAUUAGAGUAUAUUUAUACGAUCAGGCCUGAGGCUGAGCCAUAUGGGAUUUGUAAGAUUGUUCCACCUAAGACCUGGAGCCCUCUAUUUGCCUUGAAUGUGGAGUCUUUUACUUUUCCUACUAAAACACAAGAUCACCAGUUGCAGGCACGGCCUGCUUCUUGUGAUUCAAAGACCUUUGAGUUAGAGUAUAAUAGGUUUCUGGAAGGACAUUGUGGUAAGAAGUUGAAGAAGAGUGUGAUUUUUGAAGGGGAGGAAUUGGAUUUGUGUAAAUUGUUUAAUGCUGUGAGGAGGUAUGGGGGUUAUGAUAAGGUUGUGAAGGGGAAAAAGUGGGCGGAGGUUUUUAGGUUUGUGAGGUCCUGGGAGAAAAAGAUUUCAGAGUGUGCUAAGCAUGUUUUAUGUCAGUUGUAUAGAGAGCAUUUGUAUGAUUACGAAGCUUAUUAUAAACGGUUGAGUCAGGAGAGGGCAAAGAGUUACAAGAGAGGCAUUGUUGAGGAUGCAGAGAGUGAAAAGAAGGUUAAAAUUUAUAGUUGCAAGAGGAGAAGGAAGAAUAGUGACCAUUGGAAUGAUAUGGUUUGUAAGGUCGAGGACGAAGAUCUUGAUCAGAUAUGUGAGCAAUGCAGAAGUGGGUUACACGGGGAAGUGAUGCUACUGUGUGAUAGAUGUAAUAAGUGGUGGCAUAUAUAUUGUCUGUCACCACCAUUGAAGCAGGUUCCACUGGGCAAUUGGUACUGCUUUGAAUGCCUGAAUUCUGACAAAGAUAGUUUUGGUUUUAUUCCUGGAAAACAGUUUACAUUGGAAGCUUUUAGGCGUUUGGCUGAUCGAGCCAAGAAGAAAUGGUUUGGAUCAGGUGUUUCAAGGGUACAAAUAGAGAAAAAGUUUUGGGAGAUUGUGGAGGGUUUGGCAGGUGAGUUGGAAGUUAUGUAUGGAAGUGAUUUGGAUACUUCUGUUUAUGGGAGCGGUUUUCCACGUAUAAAUGACCAGAGGCCAGAAUCUGUAGAGAUUAAAGCUUGGGAUGAAUAUUGUAGGAGCCCAUGGAAUCUCAAUAACUUGCCCAAGUUGAAAGGUUCGAUGCUGAGGGCUGUUCAUCAUAACAUUACUGGUGUCAUGGUUCCCUGGCUGUAUAUUGGAAUGCUAUUCUCUGCUUUCUGCUGGCUUGAAGAUCAUUGUUUUUAUUCAAUGAAUUACCUUCACUGGGGAGAACCUAAAUGCUGGUAUAGUGUCCCUGGCAAUGAAGCUAGUGCUUUUGAGAAGGUGAUGCGGGAUUGUCUCCCUGAUCUAUUUGAUGCGCAACCUGACUUGCUCUUUCAGCUUGUUACGAUGUUAAAUCCAUCUGUCUUGCAAGAAAACGGUGUACCAGUCUAUAGUGUGCUACAGGAGCCUGGAAAUUUUGUCAUUACGUUCCCUAGAUCUUAUCAUGGAGGAUUCAAUUUGGGUUUAAAUUGUGCAGAGGCUGUGAAUUUUGCUCCUGCUGAUUGGUUACCGCAUGGUGGCUCUGGGGCAGAGCUGUAUCAGUUAUAUCGUAAAGCUGCAGUUUUAUCUCAUGAGGAGCUACUUUGUGUGGUGGCCAAGCAGAGUGAUUGGGAUAGCAAGGCAUCAACUUAUUUGAAAACAGAAUUGCUCAGAAUAUAUAAAAAUGAAAGGACAUGGAGGGAGACUUGGCUAAGUGGCAUAAAAAGAUCAUCUCCCAUGUCUCCUCGGAAUUCUCCUGAAUUUGUGGGUACUGAAGAGGAUCCAACAUGCAUUAUAUGUAAGCAGUAUUUGUAUCUUUCUGCUGUUGUUUGUCGCUGCAGGCCAUCUGCUUUCGUCUGCCUGGAGCAUUGGGAACACCUCUGCGAGUGUAAAUCCAGUAAACUCCUUCUUCUCUAUCGUUAUACGCUGGCAGAAUUGGCUGAUUUAGUGCUUAUGGUGGAUAAGCAUGCUUCGGAGGAGACACCGCAAAAUGAUAGUUUACAAAGGAAUAUUUCUUCUUCCAAGGAACUGAAUGUUUUAAAAAGAAGGUUAUUAGUGAAAGGUGCCCAUGUUACUCAUACUCAACUUGCAGAACAAUGGCUUUCACGCUCGUGUAAGAUUUUGCAGAGUCCUUUUGAUGGUGAUGCAUGUACCAGCCUGUUAAAGGGAGCUGAACAGUUUCUCUGGGCUGGUGCUGAGAUGGAUUCGGUCCGGGAUAUGGUAAAGAAUCUGACUGCAGCUCGGAAAUGGGCACAAGGCAUAAGAGACUGUCUUUCUAAAAUUGAAAACUGGUAUCCUGGAGGUGAUUUUGAGAAAGUGACUCAUAAACUGGUUAACAAAUUGCUUAGUGUUGAUCCUGUGCCCUGUAAUGAGCCUGGAUAUCUCAAGUUGAAGGACUUUGCUGAAGAGGGCAAUUUGUUGGUUCAGGACAUUGAUGCUGCUUUAUCAACGUGCUCUAAGAUCAAUGAGUUGGAGUUACUGUAUUCAAGGGCUUGCAGCUCACCAAUCCAUGUAGCACAAAGUGAGAAGUUAUCACAAAAAAUCUCUUGUACCCAGGUAUGGGUAGACAAUGCGAGGAAAGCUAUAUUUGAUGAAUGGCCUGCAGCAGUGGAGGUUGACAUUCUUUACAAGUUAAAAUCAGAGAUAUUGGAGCUUCAGGUCCAAGUUCAGGAAAGAGAAAUGAUUGAUAUUGUAUGUCUGGCUGAAUCAUGUCAGGCUCGGUGUAGAUAUUUAUUGAGUAGUUCCAUGACUCUAAAGGAUGUUGAAGUUCUUCUUCAAGAAAUGACAAGUUUCAGUGUUAACAUACCUGAGUUGAGAGUUCUGAAGCAAUACCAGAUUGAUGCUUCUUUUUGGAUCACACGCUUUAAUGGUAUUAUGAUAAAUAUCAAUCAGAGAGAGGAUCGACAAAGUGUUAUUGAUGAAUUAAAUUGCCUUUUAGAAGAUGGAGAGUCUCUGAAGAUUCAAGUCGAUGAGUUGUCACUUGUGAAGAUUGAGUUGAAGAAGGCUUGUUGCAGGGAAAAGGCAAUGAAGGCACGCAAUACAAAAAUGGCUUUGGACUUCCUUCAGCAACUGUUAGCAGACGCUGUUGUUUUGCAGAUUGAGACGGAGGAGUUAUUUCUAAGUUUGUCUAGAGAACUUGAACGUGCCCUGCAGUGGGAAGAAAGAGCAAAGGAUAUACUUGCAUGCAAAGCUCAGAUGUCUGAAUUUGAGGAUCUUAUAAGGAUGUCGAACAACAUAGUUGCUAUUAUGCCUUCAUUAGAUGAUGUCCAAACUGCAAUAUCGGUGGCUAACUUAUGGUUAAAUAAUAGCAAGCAAUUUUUAGAAUCUGAUUUUUCUGAGUCAUCCACAUCUCGUUCUUUGCUGAAACUUGAUGAUUUGAAGGAGUUGGCUUCUCAGUUGAGAUUUCAUAAGAUGACAUUAAUCAACAAGAUGUGCUUGAAACUUUUUGAAGAUAGCAAGAGAUGGCAGUGUGAUGCCUUUUCUCUUCUGCAAGAUCUGGAGUGCCUGUAUGGUGUGACCGACAUUGGGGAUGGUAGGAGCAAUGGUCUUAUUUUGAAAAUUGAACAUCUCGUUAACUUGCUUGAAUCUGUCACAAAAGCUGGUUUAUCUCUUGGACUGGAUUUUCCUGAGAUUCCAAAGCUUCAAAAUGCUUGUUCGACACUGCAUUGGUGCAAUAAAGUCCUUUCUUUCUGCUAUUUGAUGCCUUCUUAUGAGGAUGUUGAGAGUUUGAUGAAUAGUGUAGAGAACCUCUCUAUUAUGCAUUCUUCCGGUAGUUUGUUGAGCUCACUAAUUUUUGGAGCAAAAUGGCUCAAGAAUGUCUCAGAGGUGAUUUCUGCACCCAUAAAGUGUAAUGCAUGCAAAUUGACUGAUGCUGAAGAGUGCUUGCUGAAUAUCAGUAUUUUUAUCCUUGCAUUUCCGCUCUGUGCUUGUACCUGUAGGAACUUAAAGCUUCUAUAUACAUCUUCUGGAUUUGGGACAGUUAUUCCGCUUAUCUUGGCAUUUAAACUUCGCAUAUGCCAGGGUAUUCGUGUCGCCUUCCCAAUGAUGUUUGCCCAACUCAUGGAGGCUGCCUGCAAACAUAGGCUAUGGCAGGAGCAAGUGAAUCGGUUUUUUAGUUUAGAGUUAAUGGAGCGGUCCUGGUCUCAAUUUAUGCAGCUUGAGGAGUAUGGAAAAGCAUCAUUCUUUACGUGUGAAGAAGUAGAUAUGGUCUUGUCUGAAGUCGCAAAGAUUGAGAAGUGGAAGCAACGCUGCAGGGAUGCUAUAAGAAACUUUGUUGGAGAUGAGAGCUCAACGCUCUGUGCCUUGCAGAAGAUCAAAGAAUCCCUAGAUAGAUCGUUGUACGUAUACGAAAAGUCUAAGAGCUGUGAAGGAGUAUGUCUCUACAUGUGCUGUAUAAAUGGUUCUGAGGAUUGGGAUUUUGUAACAUGUUCAGCAUGCAAGGACUGCUACCAUUUGCUGUGUCUGGGAUAUAGAAAUAAUCCAGAAGUAUAUACAUGCUCAUAUUGUAAGCUUCUUGCUGGUGGAUUAAUACCUCCCAACAGAGGUGGCUUCCUGGGACUUAAUGGAAAGUAUUCAGACUUGGAGCUUCUCUCUAAUCUUGUAUCUGUGGAUGAAAACCUUUGUGUAAGGAUUGACGAAAGAGAUAUAUUACAACAAAUUGUGGACCAAGCGUAUGCUUGCAGAAAGUGUUUGACAGAGAUAGUGGACUUUGAAAUUUCUUGCUAUGAUAAAGAUCAGCUCACUUAUGUCAGUAAGAAACUUACAACUGCUUUGAAGGUGUAUGAUCAUCAAAGUUAUUGUGAUCUUGAGCGGGCAUUGGCAAGAUGCUCAUGGAGAUUCCGAGUUGCUAGAUUGUUAGAUGCUUUAGAGAAGGGUUUAGAGAAGCCUUCAAUCCAACAGAUUGACUGGCACCUGAAAGAGUUUACUGAAGAUUACUUCAGAUUGAAGCUUUCAGAAUUGAAGGACAUUGGAUUGCAGUGGGCUGGUCGUGCCGACAAGGUUGCAGCUGAUUCUGGGGCACUCGGUUUAGAUGGAGUUUAUGAACUUAUCACAGAGGGGGAAAGUUUGCCAGUUUGCUUGAGGAACGAACUUGAGGUAUUAAGAGUCCGAAGUAUGCUUCAUUGCAUUUGCCGAAAGCCGUAUGAAAAGAAAACCAUGAUUGUUUGCAGUCAGUGUGAGGAGUGGUACCAUGUGAGAUGCGUUAAAUUAACCUUCACACCAAAGGUUUAUAUCUGUGCGGCUUGUAUGCCUGGGAGUAAACACCUGGUGUCUUCUUUGGACUCCUCAUUGGAUCAUGAGAGAUACAUGGACUCCAAAUUGUGGAGCCGAAAACCCCGUCUCCGCGACAUAAAAAACCGGGAAUGGGACCGAAGAAACCUGAGUCACAGAGAACAUCGGCAGUUAGAAAGAAAAGUGGUAUAUUGUUCAACUAGAUGGUUUGAGUUGGCAAAACCGGAAGCCUUUUAG